AGCACAAAAUCCUAGAGCGGUCCAUCCAGUUGGCAAAAUGAAGGUUCCUUCCGGUCCUCUUUCCCGUUGAAGGGGCCGAAACUUUUAUUAUUGGGUAGCCUGGGAGAUAUUGCAGAUUCCCAGAAGGGUGCGAAAAAUUGCCCCUUAUUCUGAGCCUUGGUAGUCACAGGGAGGCCUCCUUGGGCAAGACGCUCAGCAGUGGACAUUCCCUUGUUGUGGGGCCGCUGCUGUUUAGGCUGUAAGGCUGCAAGCCAUCCCUACCAGAGCGAGGCAGUGGAAGACAGUUGUUUUACCUCAGAGUAUAAACGGCUCCUGCUGGUUGUGGAAAGGCUUGAAUGCUUUGCUGUGUCAUCUGAAGAGUCUCACUGGAUGAGUCUCUUCUGCUGACAGAACGUCAAGAUACAACAAAAGUGCUGAGGCCUCCAAGGGUGGGUGCUGAAGGAUGGAUGGGAAAAGCACAGCACAAGGGAAGGUGGCUGACAGGUCUCUGCUAAAGCGGGGCAUGGAUCUGGAAAUCAAAAUGGAGGAGCAGAACUCAGGAGGCCCUGAACAAGGAGAAGGGAGGGGGAGUGGGGUUCUUCCAAAAAGAUGGAGGAUCCAGGAAGUUCUGUCUGGGGAAGGUGGACAAAAUGUGAAACGGGAACCAAGCAAUGAGCCAUCAAGGAACUGGGAUGCCCAAUUGCAGGAGUUUCUGAAGACACUACAGGAUUCCCAUUCGGGAGGAAGAAACCCAGAGCUGCCUGAGCCAAGCCAAUGGGAUGAUCCUAAAACACCUCAGUUACCCUCCCAGGGAGCUCCAGAUGUCAACAAGUGGCCCAGAGGAUUAUGGGUUUCCCAAAUCCAGCCACAUCUCACUGGGGAAGCGCAACAGGCCCAUGAGGCCCAUCUGGAUGCCAAACACAGUGAGGAGGCAGGACCUCUGGACGGGAAUACUGUGGGGAUGGAGAGGCACCGCCAUUGCUUUCGUAAGUUCUGCUACCAAGAGGCUGACGGGCCUCGAAAGCUUUGCAGGCAGCUGCAGGAACUCUGCCGUCAGUGGCUGAAGCCAGAGAGACACACCAAGGAGCAGAUCCUGGAGUUGGUGACCUUGGAGCAGUUCCUGGCCAUCCUGCCACCAGAGAUGCAGAACUGGGUCAGGGAACGUCACCCGGAGAACUGCACCCAAUCGGUGACCCUGGCAGAAGAUUUCCUUCUGAGGCAGAAAGAGGCCAAAGGCUGGGAAGGGCAGGAGUGUGAUUCUCUCUUAGGGUGCGAGAGGUCCCAGUUCACAUGUGAGGCAAGCCCUAUCCAGAUUGUAAGGAUGGCGGAAGAGGAGUUUGUAAGUCCCCCCAAGGCAAACCAGGCUCUGCCAGACCCGGUGAAAACACAACUUUUUGCAGAAGCAAAUCGAGAGGCCAGUGGGAGUGUGAACAUGUUGACAGGUGAUGGCAGGCUUGAUGAAUGUGUGGAACGGAAACCCUUGCAGGAGAGUUCUGAACAAUUGGAGCAACUGGAUGCGUUGUCGAAAACAGCCAAAGAGAAUGAUUUUCUGUGUCAUGGAGAAGCUGAUGAGAAGCGAGACAGGGCAGAGAACCAGAAGGAAAACAAGAAAGAGCAAGAGAAGGGAGUGGAUCAAUCUGUUCUCCAAAAAGAGGUUUGCAAAGGUGUCAAAGAGCCCAUAACCCUGCAGUAUGAUGAGAAAGAAGUGAAAUAUGAUAAGUGCAGGGAAGGCUUUGGUCAAAAUUCCCACUUUGCUAUGCACAGGAGCACUCGCACAGAGGAGAAGCCAUACAAGUGUUGGCAGUGCAACCAGAGCUUCAGUAGCACCACAGAUCUUUUGACACAUGAGAGAACCCAUGUGGCUGAGAAACUGUAUAAAUGCUCCCACUGUGGCGAAAAAGAGAGAAUCCGCAUAGGCCAGAUGUUGCAUAAAUGUUUCCACUGUGGGAAGAACUUUGGCUGGAUUCCUCACAAGGAUAGCCAUGCAGAGGAGAAGUCAUUCAAGUGUUGGCACUGUGGCCAAAGCUUCUGUAGUAGCUCAGACCUUCUGACACAUGAGAGAAGCCACGUAGGCGAGAAACUGUAUAAGUGCUUCUACUGUGGCGAAAGAGAGAGAAUCCGAACAGGGGAGGCUUCUCAUGAGUGCUCACACUGUGGGAAUGACUUAAGCUGGAUCUCUCAAGAGGGGGUCCCCGCACGAGAAAAACGGUAUAAGUGUUCAGAGUGUGGGAAAACCUUCUGUGGGCGAGCAGGUCUCUUUAAUCAUCAGAGAACCCACACGGGUGAGAAACCUUAUAUAUGCACAUUGUGUGGAGAAAACCUGAGAAGCUGGACAGGUUUCAAAGUACAUCAAGAGAGUCACAGAAUGGAGAAACCGUGUAAACCAUAAGAAAUGCUUGCGUUGUGGGAUGUGUUUCCUUUGGAGUUCAUACCUUAUGGCAUACGAGAGAAUCCACACAGGACUGUGCCUACUGUGAGAAAGGCUUAACCAAAAGCCAGAACGUGUUGAACUUGAGAGGACCCACACAACAGAGAAGCUAUUUGUGUGGCUUUGCCUGUGGGAGCAGCUGUUCCAGUGCCUGUGGGGAAACCUUCAGGAAUAAUUUGUAGCUCAUUGUGCAGAGAUUAUACAUCUUUUCAGAAUUUUGGACAAAAAAUCACCUGGAGCUCUGUUCCUUAACACCAGAGAAUCCACAUGAGGGAAGAAGGUUCUACCUGCCUAGAAUGCAGGAAAACCUUCUGGCUCUGGUUGUAUCUGAUACAGUACGGGUGUGAUAUGUACUAUAAUGACUGUGUCCAACAAGAAAUGUUUAUAGGGGCUAACGUUUUCUUGUUUUCAGACACACUGUUGUUUUAAAGCACACUUAGGUCCUCGCUUCUUGUUUUGCUUUUUACAGAACUCGGCAUUGGAAACAUGUUGGGUUUGAGAUUUAUGAAUCUACAAAUGGAUAAAAAAAAGGUUGAAUGUUCCUAUUCCGUGUUCCUGUCAGCCAUGCCCUUUCCUAAGAUAUUUGAUUCCAUUCCACCCUCCCCCAGUUUUCAUUCCAACAGACAUUCAGCAUUCUGUGGCCACUGAACAUGCUCAGUCCUUAUUGGGCUGUUUGGGGAUCUCUCUCCUCCUUCCAUUUCCCCCCCCUAAAGAUUUCAUCUACCACUGCAAACCUUGGGAAACUUUGUAACUCAGGACCAUAGUUCAGUGGUAGAGUGUCUGCCUUGCACGCAGAAGGUUCAAUAUAUAUUGUCGUUUUGGUUAUGUAAGGAUUCACACACAGCAGUAUUUAAAAUUCUAAUAAACGUGCCUUGCAAAU